AUGUCCUCAGCAGUGGGUCUUCGAAGUUCGGUCAACGAUUUGCUGGCUUGGUCACAAGCCUUGCUUAGAGCACUUGUCGAUCAGAGAGAACCAGGCCGGGCAUCGACGCCAGAUCUUCCGCUUAAACAUCUGAAAAACAUCAUGAGCGGCCACUAUCCACUAAUAUCAUUCUAUCCGGCUGUCCUGGAGACUCUACUAGAGACGUCCAAUCCUGCUGAUUAUGAGUCGCUUUCUCGGCAAACCGCAGCAGCAGCCUCAAUUAACAAGUUUACCACAUUGAACGAAAAACUCAAGUCAAAAUGGAUCCUGGGGACGCACCCUAAAUUGCUGCAUACCUAUAUUGGCAAGUACUACAACUCAAUCAAGAACUUCUUCUUGAGUCAUGGCCGCUCAAGCAUUAUCACUACCACACUUUUUCUUGGCUCAUGUCCCGUAACGAAUACGUCAAGUGUUCUCAUUUUUCUGUUGCUGCCGAGGAUCUUUACUCAAGUUCGUGCCAGCGGAGGAUGA